CACGCCUCGUGAGACGCGCCAUUGGCUUCAUAAGCAAGCGAGUGCAGCAAUCGCAUCCGCCCAACGCAGACCCGAUUCUCCCCAUGCGCUAGUAUUAGACUGAGCUCGACGGUCGACCGCCGCCACCGACCGCCGCCACCGCGACUCCUCCAACACCCGCACUCUACGCAAUGCCGCCCUACGAGUCGCACCAGCCGCGUCGCGGCAAGUACGCCCGUCUCGACGCCCCAACCGAUGACGACGCCGAGCCCACGCCCACCCGCUUCUCCUCGGAAUCCAACGCGACGCUCGAGGACCUCGAAGAGCACGACCCGCUCGCCUUCGACCGCAAGCUGAAGCGCAAGAAGAGCGCCGGCGACCUCAAAGUGCGCAAAGCCUCGGGCAAAGACUCGUUCGCGCGGAGGAAGGGGCUCUCGGCCGGCCGGUGCUGCUGCUGGCUCUUGACGUUUGUCGCUGCGACGGUGCUUCUCCUGGCUGCGGGCGGCAUCUGGGCGUACAAGGCGAGCGUGCCCCUCGAUGGACUGAGUCCGGCAUGGUACCCAAGUCCAAAGGGCGGCGCCGACCCGUUGUGGGAGCAGAGCUACAAAAAGGCCGCGGAGCUGGUGAAGCAGAUGACGCUGGUCGAGAAGGUCAACAUCACAACGGGCACUGGCUGGAGCAUGGACAUGUGUGUGGGCAACAACGGCGCUGUGCCGAGGCUCAAGUUCCCUCAGCUGUGUCUGCAGGACGGUCCGCUCGGUAUUCGCUUCGCAGACAACAUCUCCGCGUUCCCCGCCGGCGUCACCGUGGGCGCCACCUGGAACAAGGAGCUCAUGUACCAGCGCGGCAAGGCUCACGGCAAGGAAGCACGGCUCAAGGGCAUCAACGUCUUGCUCGGGCCUGCCAUGGGUCCGCUUGGCCGGAUGCCUGCUGGAGGCCGCAAUUGGGAGGGCUUUGGCAGCGAUCCUGUGCUCCAGGGUAUCGCCGCUGCGCAGACCAUCAAGGGCAUUCAAGAGGAGGGCGUCAUGGCGACUGCGAAGCACUACAUCGGCAAUGAACAGGAACAUUUCCGCCAGGCCUGGGAGUGGGGCAUCCCAAACGCCAUCUCGAGCAACAUCGAUGACCGCACUCUGCACGAGAUGUACGCCUGGCCGUUUGCCGACUCGGUCAAGGCCGGCGUCACAUCUGUCAUGUGCUCGUACAACCAAGUCAACUCGUCGUACGCUUGCGCCAACAGCAAGCUCCUCAACGGCGUGCUGAAGGACGAGCUGGGUUUCCAGGGCUUCGUGCAGUCCGACUGGCUGGCUCAGCGAUCUGGCGUUGCAAGCGCUCUCGCUGGCCUCGACAUGACAAUGCCAGGCGAUGGCCUCCGCUGGGCCAAGGGCGACAGCCUGUGGGGCGCGAAGCUCACACAAGCUGUCCUGAAUGGAAGCGUGCCCAUCGACCGCGUCAACGACAUGGUCACCCGUAUCGUGGCAUCUUGGUACCAGGUCGGGCAGGAUAAGUGGUCUAGCGAAGGCCCAAACUUCUCUUCCUGGACCAACGACGAGGUCGGCAAGCUGCAUGAGGGCAGCCCCUCGGAUAAAACCACGGGUGUGGUCAACAAGUUUGUCAACGCUCAGGGCGAUCACAAGGACAUCGUUCGCAAAGUGGCUGCCGAGGGCACUGUCUUGGUCAAGAACGAGGGCAGUGUUCUGCCACUGAGCCGCAAAGGUCACAAGGACGGAAAGUCGAAGAGGCAGACCAAAUUUCGCGUCGCUGUGUUCGGCGAAGACGCACGCCUCCCUCAUGAUGGCAUCAACAAGUGCCCCGAUCAGAGCUGCAACGACGGCACUCUGGCCUCAGGCUGGGGCUCUGGCGCUGUCGACUUCCCCUACCUCGUGGAGCCGAUGUCUGCUAUCCGUGAGGCAUUCGACAAGGACAGCGUCUAUGUCACCGAUUGGCUUGAGAAUAAGCUGCCGAAGCAGAAAGAGAUCGUCGAGGACCAAGACCUGUGCAUUGUCUUCGUCAACUCGGACGCUGGCGAAGGCUACCUCAAGUGGUCAGACGUCCGCGGCGACAGGAACGAUCUUUCCAUUCAAAAGGGCGGCAACGAGCUCGUCAAGGAUGUUGCAAAAGACUGCGGCAAGGGGUCCGGCGACGUCGUUGUCGUAGUCCACACCGUCGGCCCCGUCAUCCUAGAGGAGUUCAUCGACAUCCCCAAUGUAAAGGCCGUUCUGAUCGCCCACCUCCCCGGUCAAGAAUCUGGCAACGCAAUCGUCGACGUGCUCUUCGGCGACGUGAAUCCCUCCGGCCACCUCCCAUACACCAUCGCUAAGAAAGAAGAAGACUUCGGCCCCGGUAGCAAAGUAAAGUACCUCCCCAGCCCAUCCGACGGUCUCGCGCCGCAGCAGAAUUUCAGCGAGGGGCUGUACAUCGACUACCGCCACUUCGACAAGCAAUCCAUCGCCCCGCGCUACGAAUUCGGCUACGGACUAUCCUACACGAUAUUCAACCUCUCCAACCUCGUCAUGCACUCCACGCAUGCCAAAUCGCCCCUCGCCUCCCCCCGCCCCGCAGGCAUCGCGCCACCAUCCUACCCAACCGACCUCCCCUCUCCCGAGUCCGCGCUCUUCCCAAAGAAUUUCGUCAAGAUCGAAAAGUACAUCUACCCCUACCUCUCCUCGACAGCGGGAACCUCGUACCACGCGUCCGUCCCCGUGCCGCAGAGCCCGCUCAGCGACGCCGGAGGCGGCCCAGGCGGGAACCCGGAUCUCUACACGACGCUCCUCACCGUGUCGUGCAGCGUGGCCAACACGGGGCCCCGCGACGGCGCGGUCGUGGUGCAGCUGUACCUCUCCUUCCCGCAGGGCUACACGGACCCCGACACGGGAGAGGCUGUGGAUUUCCCCGUCAGAGUGCUCCGCGGCUUCGAGAAGCUGCAUCUCCAGGCCGGCGCAAGGGAGCGCGGUCUUGGAGGCACACGGCAGGAGGUGCAGUUCAAUCUCACGAGAAGGGAUCUGAGCUAUUGGCAUGUGGGCAGGGGGAAUUGGGUGCUGCCGUCUGAGGGCAAGUUCGGCGUUGCUGUGGGCUUCUCGAGUCGCGAUCUGCCGCUGCAGGGGUCGUGGUAGAUGGGGUUUUGUUGGAGAGAGGUUACUUCCUGGUGUUAUUGUGGCGUUUGGCGCGGGCUUAUAAGGUGGGUUACAUAAUUAGAGUAUUUGUGCGCAUCGGCGUUGGCCCGCUGUUUGUCGCUUUUGUUCUUGUACAUAACUCUCACUGUUCAUAUUGACGAGGCUUUUCUGCCAAACUUCGUGCU